ACUAAAUUUUGGUAUAAAACUGAAACUAUUGAAUUAAUUAAAAAAAUUAUUUAAAUCUCAAAUAAUCACUGCAUAUUUUUUGUAUUCCGCACCGCACGGUUUAGCUACAGAAUUACCACAGUUAUCCGUGUAAACGGUACGACCUAGCGAACAUGAGCCGCCCGAGCGCUAUCCUCUUCGACACCACCGACAUCUGUAUCCUGAUUGGUGGCGCCGGCAGUACGGCAGCCGCCUGCGCGGAAGGUCAGCUGGUUAACGAGUACGGGAAGCAAGAGGAUGCCGCAGUAUUGAAGACGCUGCUGGAUGCCGCUGGCUUCACUUCCACAUCCGUCCACGUGCUGACCCUCGACAACUUCCGCUCCGUCCUGGAUAAUCUGCAGCGCGCCGCCGACCAGCAAAACCACCAGCUGCUGCUGGUUAAUUUAAUUGAUGGCGUCGAGACCGACGGCUAUCCCGGCGUCAGCGUCGUCCGCGAGAUCGAGGAGCGGCGGAUCCCCUUCACCGGGUCUGAUUCCCGGUUUUACCAUGACACCACUAGCAAGCCGCACCAGAAGGCAAUUUUACAGAAACAUGGCGUCAACACGGCUGCGUUCGUGGAGAUCCUUCCCGAGAAGAUGGAGGACAAUAUGGCCGAGGCCGUUAAUUUAAUAGGCUUCCCGAUGAUCAUUAAACCGUCGGUAUCCUACGCCAGCCUGGGCAUUUCCGCCGACUCCGUCGUGUCGACGGUGCCGCAGCUUCGCGAGCGGCUGACCGCCCGCCUCGUCCACUUCCCGCAGCUCUUCGUUGAGCGCUACCUCCCGGGCCGCGAGUACACCGUCCUGGUCAGCGGCGACGCGGAGACCGGCGUGAAGGUGUACAAACCGGUGGAGCGGCGCUUCAGUGAGGCCGUGCCGGUGGAGGAGCGCUUCCUGGCCUACGAGAAAUACUGGGCGGGUUACGGUCUCCAUGGCACGGAACGGGCGCCGGACGCGCCGCACGAAGAGUUCUACGAGUGGACGGUGCCGUCGGAGGGGGUCGCGGAGCGGGUGGUGGAGGUGGCGCGGCGGGCGUACCUGGCGCUGGGCGGCAGUGGUUACGCAAGACUGGACAUCCGGUCGGAUGACUACGACCCGGUCAAGGGGAAUCUCUCAGUGCUGGAGGCCAACGCCAACCCGGGACUGUCCUUCAGCGUAUCCUCUUCCAUAGGAAAGAUUAUUGAAAGUACCGGCGAAUCACCAGCGCAGUUCUUGAUGGACAUGCUCGACUAUGCAGUUUCACGCGGCACGCGACGGGAUAUGUAAUAUACUGGGAAAACCAUUAAUUAACACGCUCUAAUCAUUUACUGUAGAAUCUUUUAUCUACGUAUGUACAAAUGCAGUACCUUUUAAAGGAUUAGGUUGCUUUUGCAUGUGCCGCCUGCUCUAACGGAAUAUUGUUUCUGCACGAACAAUGUGUAAACUACCGGUACUUUGUAUUUAAAAUAUA